UCCCCGCCGCUGUCCCUUGGCCCCGCCCCCUCCAGUUCCCCUCCCCCCCAGUUCCAGUUCCUCGUGGCUGCUCUGGGAAGGGGUCAAAGGUCACGGAAUGGAGCGGGAAAGGCUCGGAGCACUGGUGAUACUGGGAGUUCUGUCCCUGGCCAGAGGGGACCCCCCCGAUGCCACCAGUCCUUUCCAGUAUGACUGGUGUCACCUGCGCGUCGGUGGCCUCGUGGUGGCGGCCGUGCUGAGCGUGGUGGGGAUCAUUGUCCUGUUCAGUGGGAAGUGCAAGUGCCGGAGCAAGGCCAGCCGCCGCCACCCCCCAGCGGAGCUGUCACCCCUGGCUGGGACAGGAGCCACCGGCUCGCGCUGAGUGUCCCCAAGUGUCCCCAAGAGGUGACACUUGGGGACAGAGCCCUCGGGGAUGUCCCCAAAUGUCCCCAAGGAGGAGCCGGAAUAAAAAUGGGGCAAAAAACGGAGAUUUUGGUCAUUGGGGGA